UCCGGGCUGUGAGGUGCUGCGAGCCUCGGCGGACCUUGCUGCCCCUGUCUCUCUCACGCGCGAGGAAGCGAUGCGGAGGGGUGGAAAAUGGCAGAGCUGCAGAUGUUACUAGAGGAGGAGAUCCCGUCUGGCAAGAGGGCGCUGAUAGAGAGUUACCAGAACCUGACCCGGGUGGCGGACUACUGUGAAAACAACUACAUACAGGCUACAGACAAGAGAAAAGCUUUAGAAGAGACCAAAGCCUACACAACCCAAUCUCUAGCUAGUGUUGCUUAUCAGAUAAAUGCACUGGCCAACAAUGUGCUCCAAUUGCUGGACAUUCAAGCCUCCCAGCUUCGGAGAAUGGAGUCUUCCAUCAAUCAUAUCUCACAGACUGUGGAUAUUCAUAAAGAGAAAGUGGCUCGAAGAGAGAUUGGUAUUUUGACAACCAAUAAGAAUACAUCAAGAACUCACAAAAUAAUAGCACCUGCAAAUAUGGAGCGCCCUGUAAGGUAUAUUCGGAAACCUAUUGACUACACAGUUUUGGAUGAUGUGGGCCAUGGUGUCAAGUGGCUAAAAGCCAAGCAUGGAAAUAACCAGCCUGCAAGAACUGGCACAUUGUCGAGAACAAAUCCUCCUACUCAGAAACCACCAAGUCCUCCCAUGUCAGGCCGGGGAACGUUGGGACGGAAUACUCCGUAUAAAACCCUGGAACCUGUUAAACCCCCAACAGUUCCUAAUGACUACAUGACAAGUCCUGCUAGGCUUGGAAGUCAACAUAGUCCAGGCCGGACAGCUUCUUUAAAUCAGAGACCAAGAACACACAGUGGAAGUAGUGGAGGAAGUGGAAGUCGAGAAAACAGUGGAAGUAGUAGUAUUGGCAUUCCCAUUGCUGUGCCUACACCAUCGCCACCGACAGUUGGACCAGUUGCUGAUAGUCCAACGCCCCCACCACCACCUCCGCCGGAUGAUGUUCCCAUGUUUGAUGACUCUCCGCCUCCACCACCACCACCUCCAGUGGACUACGAAGACGAGGAGGCUGCUGUGGUCCAGUAUAACGAUCCAUAUGCAGAUGGGGAUCCUGCCUGGGCCCCCAAGAAUUAUAUUGAGAAAGUUGUUGCAAUAUAUGAUUACACAAAAGACAAGGAUGAUGAGCUGUCCUUCAUGGAGGGUGCAAUCAUUUAUGUUAUAAAGAAGAAUGAUGAUGGCUGGUAUAAAGGAGUCUGCAAUCGAGUGACUGGUCUCUUCCCUGGGAACUAUGUUGAAUCAAUCAUGCACUAUACUGAUUAGAUUUUUGCUUUUAAAGUAGGAUCUUAUUACUCAGUCAUACUGUGGGACUAUUACGAUUAACAGAAUUGUCUUAAUAUGUUUUAAAAUGUGCCCAUAUUUUCAGGACAUGCUGUUUUAUUAGUAU